AUGCUGUCCAUAUUUUUCCAGCACAUAAAGAGGCAGGUUGGACCAAUUUCGCCAAAUGUUUUUAUGUCGGAUUUGGCCGAGUCUUUCUUUAUUGCAUGGAAUGAUGUCAUGGCAGCUCCAUCUAUGCGACUUUAUUGUACAUGGCAUGUUGAUAGAUGUUGGAGGAAGAAUAUCAAAUGUAAGAUUCAAGGUGUAGAAAAACAAGGUGAAGUAUACAAGCAAAUCAGAACUUUGAUGCAUGAGCAGGAUGUAGAUUCAUUUGAUGAGAUGUUAAAUAUUGUGUUAGAGAGAUUGGAAUGUGAUCCUGAUACAGUUCAAUUUGCCACAUACUUCCGAGACAACUAUGUUGGGAAUGCAAAUUCUUGGGCAUAUUGCCAUAGAUUGAAUGCUGGAAUCAAUACCAACAUGCAUAUAGAAAGAAUGCAUCGCACUAUUAAAUAUAUAUAUCUAGGUAGUAAAUGUGUCAAGCGUUUGGACAAAGCUAUUUUUGCAUUGAUGUCAUUUGUGAAGCACAAGCUGUUUGACAGGCUUAUUGUGCUAAAUAAAGGUAAACUGACGAGUAAACUUAAGGACAUUCGGCUUCGGCAUAAAUCAGGGAAUAAUAUUAAGGAGGACUUCAUUACUAUGGAGUUUUCUGGUUGGAAAGUGCGUUCUUCUUCAAGAAGGUCAACAGAUUAUUUUGUAUAUGAUAAUGACUUUCAGUGCAACUGCAGAGUGAUGUGCAUUAAAUGCAGGGCUUGCAUUCAUAGGUAUUCUUGUACAUGUAUUGACUAUACCAUCAAAUGGAAUAUGUGCAAGCACAUACAUAGUGUUUGCCAGAUUCAGUUAAAGCAGCAACUUUCUGAACACCUAAGAAAUAUUGAAGUUACACUUACUGAGAGUGAAGAUAUUUCUGUUGUAGACGAGAAAACAGAAAUAGUAGCGGAGGUAACGAAAAAAAGUGUUAAUGAUUCUGUACCUUUGUCAGUCCAAAGAAGGGAACUUAUCGCAGAGUUUUCUGGUAUUGUAUCUGAGCUGACCUCAAAUGACUUAGAAACUGCUAAAAAAAUGUUAUCGUCACUAAAGGCAACUGUAGCUGUCGGAAUGUUGCAGCAAAAACAGGCACCGCUGCAGAUAGAAAGGAAACAAUCACAAAAGAUUUUACCUCAACGUAGACUGUACUCUACAAAGAAAAACAAAAGGAGUAAUAAUGCAUCCCUGGUGCUACCAAAUUCAGAAGAAUCCAGUUUGAUCAAAUUAUCUCUACUGGCAGACAAAGAAGAUGCACUUGUGGGAAAAGGUAUGUUACUAGUGCCCCCGCCCCCUUCCCCUCCCAACAACUUGUCAGGUUCUCGUAUGUACCCUUGUUUGCUCAGUAAUUUAAUUAUCCUUGUAAAGCAAACAUUUAGAACAAGUUCAGCUGUUAAAAAGCAACCAACAAUAAAAAAUACAGAGGGUGUAGCAGGUCCAUUCCCCAUUACAGCAUGUGCCCUACAGCACAGCCCGACGAAUCGCUCAACUCCCAUGAUUCAGCCAAUAGCAAAACAGGCUGAGGUGGUAUCUAGUCCGUCUCUCGCUACAUCGCUCAACUUCCACAAUUCAACCAAUACCAAAACAGGCUGUGGUGGUACCACAUCCAUCCAUCGGUACAGUGCGUGUGUUGUUACAUAG